GCAGUUCUAACAAGCUCCCAGGUGUUACUGAUGCUUCUGGAUGGAGACCACUUUAUGCAACAAGGGCCCAGCUGGCUAGGGAAGGGAGGCAGCUGAGAGCCCAGGUGGCAGCAGCCAGCAUCCCAGGGGUAUAAGAUGGCCAGAGGCGGCUGCCUGCUGCUCUGCAGGUACCAUGGAGCUGAGCUAUAGGCUCUUCAUCUGCCUCCUGCUCUGGGGUAGUACUGAGCUGUGCUACCCCCAACCCCUCUGGCUCUUGCAGGGUGGAGCCAGCCGUCCUGAGACGUCCGUACAGCCCGUACUGGUGGAGUGUCAGGAGGCCACUCUGAUGGUCAUGGUCAGCAAAGACCUUUUUGGCACCGGGAAGCUCAUCAGGGCUGCUGACCUCACCUUGGGCCCAGAGGCCUGUGAGCCUCUGGUCUCCAUGGACACAGAAGAUGUGGUCAGGUUUGAGGUUGGACUCCACGAGUGUGGCAACAGCAUGCAGGUAACUGACGAUGCCCUGGUGUACAGCACCUUCCUGCUCCAUGACCCCCGCCCCGUGGGAAACCUGUCCAUCGUGAGGACUAACCGCGCAGAGAUUCCUAUCGAGUGCCGCUACCCCAGGCAGGGCAAUGUGAGCAGCCAGGCCAUCCUGCCCACCUGGUUGCCCUUCAGGACCACGGUGUUCUCAGAGGAGAAGCUGACUUUCUCUCUGCGUCUGAUGGAGGAGAACUGGAACGCUGAGAAGACGUCCCCCACCUUCCACCUGGGAGAUGCAGCCCACCUCCAGGCAGAAAUCCACACUGGCAGCCACGUGCCACUGCGGUUGUUUGUGGACCACUGCGUGGCCACACCGACACCAGACCAGAAUGCCUCCCCUUAUCACACCAUCGUGGACUUCCAUGGCUGUCUUGUCGACGGUCUCACUGAUGCCUCUUCUGCAUUCAAAGUUCCUCGACCCGGGCCAGAUACACUCCAGUUCACAGUGGAUGUCUUCCACUUUGCUAAUGACUCCAGAAACAUGAUAUACAUCACCUGCCACCUGAAGGUCACCCUAGCUGAGCAGGACCCAGAUGAACUCAACAAAGCCUGUUCCUUCAGCAAGCCUUCCAACAGCUGGUUCCCAGUGGAAGGCCCGGCUGACAUCUGUCAAUGCUGUAACAAAGGUGACUGUGGCACUCCAAGCCAUUCCAGGAGGCAGCCUCAUGUCGUGAGCCAGUGGUCCAGGUCUGCUUCCCGUAACCGCAGGCAUGUGACAGAAGAAGCAGAUGUCACCGUGGGGCCACUGAUCUUCCUGGACAGGAGUGGUGACCAUGAAGUAGAGCAGUGGGCUUUGCCUUCUGACACCUCAGUGGUGCUGCUGGGCGUAGGCCUGGCUGUGGUGGUGUCCCUGACUCUGACUGCUGUUAUCCUGGUUCUCACCAGGAGGUGUCGCACUGCCUCCCACCCUGUGUCUGCUUCCGAAUAAAAGAAGAAAGCAAUA